AUGCUCGCGUCGCUCGCGUCCACCCUCCCGCGAACGCCCACGGCAUCGCCGCGCGCGGUGGCGCGCGACGCCGCGCGCGACCGCCGCGUCGUCCGCGUCGUCGCCUCCGCGUCGAGCGCGAGCGCCGACUCCGAUCGCGAUCGCGCCGCGUCCCCGCGCGUCGUCGUCCUCACCCGACGCGGGCUCGCGGCGUCGCUCGCGGCGCUCGCGCUGACCGCGUCGUCGCCCUCGGACGCGACCGCGGCGACGAAGUUCCGCGCGCGUUCCGACGCCAGCCUUCCCGGCGCGGCGAACGAGCUCGCGCAGCUCUCGGAGGCGAACCUGCGGUACAAGGACUCGACCCUGGACCUCAUCGCGGAGACCGCGGCGAUCGUGGACGGCUCGAGCGCGGACGUCGACGCGUGGCUCCGACGCGCGUCCGAGUGGAACGCCACGGCGAAAGACUCGUACUCCCCCAAGACGCAGGGCCGGAGUUUCUUGAUGACCACGAAGCUCGUGUCGUACGUCAGGAACACGCUCGCGACGGCGCAGUUCCAGCCCGUGGACGCGACGAACCCGCCGUUCGACGUCGAGAAGACGAGGGAGUGGAUCGCGUUCGCGGAAGGGUUCACGACGGGCGCGCUCGCGGGGGACGAAGCGCGCGCCGCGUUCGCGAGGGCGACGUGGGGGAACUACGACAAGUCCGCGCCGCUGAAUCGGUUCGGUCUGUGCGCGUUCGGGGAGACGGGCGGGACGAGAGCCCUGGGGGUGAACUGCGACGGGUACUGA